GUUGCUCGCUGGUUGGGGCUGGCUUCGUCCUGCUUUGCCCACUCAGCCUUGCGCAUCCCAGUAGCCUCUCCGCGGGUGUCAGCCAGAAGUGUGGGGACUCGAGGCGUGGAGACAGCUUCUCUGAUUCCCUUUCCUUCCUCCGGGGGGGAGACAGCACCCGGUGUUGGAGUGAGCAGUAACCAACAUGUCAGGGUGGGAGUCUUAUUACAAAAACCAGGGCGAUGAAGAAGAAGAAGAGGAGGAGGGCCGUGAAACGGGUGAAGAUUAUAGAUGUUCAGGAAGAGAUAGUUUGAUUUUUUUGGUUGAUGCUUCUAGAGCCAUGUUUGAAUCUCAGGAUGAAGAUGAAUUGACUCCUUUUGACAUGAGCAUCCAGUGUGUCCAGAGCGUGUACACCAAUAAGAUCAUAAGCAGUGAUCGCGAUCUCUUGGCAGUGGUGUUCUAUGGUACCAAGAAGGAGAAAAACUCAGUGAAUUUCAAAAAUAUCUACGUCCUACAGGAAUUGGAUAGUCCAGGUGCUAAACGAGUGCAAGAGCUGGAUCGGUUUAAGGGGCAGGAGGGGACGAAGUAUUUCCAAGACCUGCUUGGCCAUGGAUCUGACUACUCACUAAGUGAGGUGCUGUGGGUCUGUGCCAACCUCUUCAGUGACGUCCAGGUCAAGAUGAGCCAUAAGAGGAUCAUGCUUUUCACCAAUGACGACGACCCCCACGGCAAUGACAGUGCCAAAGCCAGCCGGGCCAGGACCAAAGCUGGGGACCUCCGUGACACAGGUAUCUUCCUGGACUUGAUGCACCUGAAGAAGCCUGGGGGCUUUGACAUAUCCUUGUUCUACAGAGAUAUCAUCAGUGUGGCAGAGGAUGAGGACAUAGGGGUUCACUUUCAGGAGUCGCACAAGCUCGAGGACCUAUUGAGGAAGGUCCGUGCCAAGGAGACCAGGAAGCGUGUGCUCCACAGGUUGAAACUUAAGCUCAGCAAAGAUGUAGCACUCACUGUCGGUAUUUACAAUUUGGUCCAGAAGGCUUACAGACCUUUCCCGGUGAGGCUUUAUCGGGAAACAAAUGAACCGGUGAAAACCAAGACCCGGACAUUUAAUGUAAACACAGGCAGUUUGCUUUUGCCUAGCGACACCAAGAGGUCUCAGACCUAUGGGAAUCGUCAGAUUGUAUUAGAGAAAGAAGAAACAGAAAUGCUGAAACGGUUCGAUGAACCGGGUUUGAUUCUCAUCGGUUUCAAGCCCUUGGGAAUGCUGAAGAGGCAUCAUUACCUGAGGCCCUCGCUGUUCGUGUACCCCGAGGAGUCCCUGGUGAAUGGGAGCUCAACCCUGUUCACUGCUCUGCUCACCAAGUGUCUGGAGAAGGAGGUCAUGGCAGUGUGCAGAUAUACACCCCGCAAGAACCUCCCCCCGUAUUUUGUGGCCCUGAUGCCACAGGAAGAGGAGCUGGAUGACCAGAAAGUUCAGGUGACUCCUCCAGGCUUCCAGCUCGUCUUCUUGCCCUAUGCUGAUGACAAACGGAAGGUGCCCUUUACUGAAAAAAUCAUGGCAAACCCAGAGCAGGUGGACAAGAUGAAGGCAAUUGUUCAGAAGCUCCGCUUUAAGUACAGAAGUGACAGCUUUGAGAACCCAGUGCUGCAGCAACACUUCAGGAACAUGGAGGCCUUGGCUUUGGAUUUGAUGGAGCCUGAACAAGCAGUGGAUCUGACAUUGCCCAAGGCUGAGGCAAUGGCUAAAAGGCUGGGCUCCCUGGUGGAUGAGUUUAAGGAACUGGUCUACCCACCAGAUUACAAUCCCGAGGGAAAGGCUCCUAAGCGAAAACAAGACUAUGAAAGCUCUAGAAGCAAAAGGCCCAAGGUGGAGUUAUCUGAAGAGGAGCUGAAGGUCCACGUCAGCGAGGGCACGCUAAGGAAGCUUACUGUGCCCACCCUAAAGGAAGCCUGCAGGGUACAUGGGGUGAAGGGCGGGAUGAAGAAGCAGGAGCUGCUGGAUGCUCUCACCAAGCACUUCCAGGACUGACCGGAGACCCUACAGCCAGUCACCCGUCCACGCUGUAGCCAGCCUGCCCGCUUUCGUUUUUCUCAAGUAAAUCAUGUUUCUCCUGAGCCAGGAAGAGUACCUGGCAGAAGCCAAGGACUUUUACUUUAUGAGACUUCCUGUUGCCAUGGAGACAGCGUAGCCCUCCCCCUUUGCUGUGCCUUACUCUGCUGUCUGAAUAAAGAAUCCUAACUUUG